CCCUCUCCCCGUGCGUCCCCUCCCGCUCCCCCGGAAGGUGCCGGGCGGAGGCGGCGGGGCGAUGGCGCAGCUGGCGGAGCGGCUGCGGGCGGACGGCGUGCACAAGGAGGUGCUGCGGGAGGGCACCGGGCCGCUGCCCGACUUCCGCGACGGCACCAAGGCCACCUUCCACUACCGCACGCUGCGGUGCGGGGGGGACGAGGCGCCGCUGGACGACAGCCGCGCCCGCGGGAAGCCGAUGGAGCUGAUCGCCGGCAAGAAGUUCAAGCUGCCCGUCUGGGAGGCGGCGCUGCGCACCAUGCGGCCCGGAGAGCGCGCCCGCUUCCGCUGCGACGCCAAGCACGUGGUGCUGUACCCGCUGGUGGCCAAGAGCCUGCGCAACAUCGCGGCGGGGAAGGACCCGCUGGAGGGGCAGCGGCACUGCUGCAGCGUCGCCCAGCUGCACGACCACUACUCGCUCGGCUACCCCGACCUGGACGAGCUGCAGAAGAACCCCCAGCCCCUCAUCUUCGACAUCGAGGUGCUCAAGGUGGAGGAGCCCGGCUCCUACCAGCAGGACCCGUGGGCCAUGACGGACGAGGAGAAGCUGCAGGCUGUACCCCUGAUCCACAAGGAGGGCAACGAGCUGUACCGGCAGGGCAAGGUGCAGGAGGCAGCGGCCAAAUACUACGAUGCCAUUGCCUGCCUCAAGAACCUGCAGAUGAAGGAACAGCCUGGCUCUCCGGACUGGAUCGAGCUCGACCAGAAGAUCACACCACUACUGUUAAACUACUGCCAGUGCAAGCUGCAGUGUGAGGAGUACUACGAGGUGCUGGAUCACUGCUCCUCCAUCCUCAACAAGUACGAGGACAACGUCAAGGCCUACUUCAAGCGGGGCAAGGCCCACGCGGCAGUGUGGAACGUGGCAGAGGCACGGGCUGACUUCGCCAAGGUGCUGGCACUCGACCCGUCGCUGCGCCCUGUCGUCUCUAGGGAGCUGCGGAGCCUGGAAGCACGCCUGCGCGAGAAGGACGCGGAGGACAAGAUCCGCUUCAAGGACAUCUUCUCGCAGUAGAGCCCAUGGCCACAUGUGAGAGUGCGACGCUCUCGGACCAGUCAUGGGAAGCUGCACGGGAUUUCGACACAGCACGGUGAUACAGCAGCACGCUUAAGUCGCAGUAUUACUCAAGAGUAUAGCAAUCGCCACAUACAGUUGAGUCGCAAUAUAAGCGUGCAUCUCCCAACCGGUCACUAGACUGUGCUCGUCGUCACGGUGCCGGGCAGCCCCAAGUGCUGCGAAGGACUACACGGGGUGAAACAAGCUCAAGCCCGCUGCUUUCUUCCACGUUUCUUUUAUUCGUUCAUUGAUUUUUAUCUUUUACGUUGGGCUACGCCGCUCUGCAUGGGUCUGGCUGAGCUGUUCAGGGCCGUGGGGUCACCAGUGCCAAGCCUGGGCCCCCUCUCUUGCCCCUUCGUGCCUGUACUGCACACCACAUCCUGCGUCGUCACUGCUCAAGGCUGCUGCUGUCGUCCCGAGUCUGCAUUUCCUGUGCUACGUCACCACGUCAGUCGUAAAUAUUUUAUCUAAACUGACUGCUUGUUACUGCUAUCUAUAUAAAGCUGUGGUCAUGAAAUACCAAGAUAAACAAAAGUAAAACUCAUCACAG